AUGGAAAGUCAUUCCCUGUCUGGUUUUGCACCACCCAAUGCUCCUUUCUUGUCCAACCCGAUGGCAGCCAUGAUUGGGUCCAAUUUAUUCGGGCCUCAGCCAUUCCCUAUGUCAAAUACUGCAGUCAGUGGUACACCUAUAUCGAAUCAAGUUCCGGCAACACUAUCCCAAUCUGUUCCGGUGUCAGGAACCUCUGGCGAACGAAAAUCCACAGGCCUAAUGCCCAAUCCUGUAUUGGAUAAAGGCAUGCAUCCUGGGUGUUUACCUGGUACAGGAAAUAGUUUGAGUGGAAUUUCUAUGAGGGGGAAUCAAAAGUACAGUGCAUACUAUCAGCAUCAACGUAAACAAGGCUUUCAUCAGUUGAAUGCAAAUAACAUGGACUAUCCCAGUAGUGGAACCAGUUCUCGUCGCCAGGGUACACCACUGACCACUCCACUUUCCGGAUCACGAUAUGCCAGUCGGCGUUUUCGUGGUAAUUUGGCCGCAUCAGGAUUAUCGACUCAUGGUGUGGGUCUAGAUACUCGAGGUGGAACUGCGGGUUCCAACGUUCCCGGAGGAUCACGACUACCUGGGGUAGUUCGUGCACCUGCAACUGCUAUAUUUCCUGGAUUUCGCGGUACGGGACCAUACGGAAACAAUGGUGGAUCUGUAUCAGUGCCGUCGGUAAACGCAAUGGCAACAACAACCACAAGCAACAAACAAACAAUCCCAAACGGAGGACCAGGAUCUAAGCUACAAUCGCCGACCGAUCCAAUGCAAUUAGCAGCAGCUGCUGUCUCGGCCGGUUGCACGACAACACCUUCAGUCAAUGCGAUGAAUUCAUCAGGGACGUCAGAACCGGCUGCCACACGACAUAGAGAUACAGCUUUCCUGUGCAGUUGUGGUCAGGACUUUGAAAGUCUCUACGUGUUCACCUUACACAUGAAGGAUACUGGUCAUAAGCCAAAAAGUGAUCAAUCUGAACGAGAUAUCCCCAAAUUAGUCCGUGGACAGGAUAUGUGGAUCAAUAGUGAGACAGAGCAAACACGGGAAAUAUUGCGCUGCAUGCGAUGUCACCAGUCGUUCCGUAAUUUACCUGAAUUAACUAUGCAUAUGAUGAAGACCAAUCAUUAUUCGGAGAUUGUUUACAAUGAUUCAGGUCGACUGGUAUUUGUCAACCCGGACGAUCCUCACCAUCCUCAUUCACGUCGCGGAUCGGCCAAUCCUAAUGUUGCAUCCGGUGGUGUUUCACCGGCUAAAUCCACCGGAGUAAACAACAGUUCCGGGCAUUGGUUGGGUCGACGUGGUUCCCGUGGACCUGCAGUAACUACACCAUCCAAUACUUCUUCCUUGACACCGACAAACACAAAUCAAACUGUACCCGAGGUAGCACCAGUUAGUAAGUCCAUGCCAAAUCGUUUGUCCGACCCCAUAGCACGACAAAAAACAGAUUCGUCCACAGAUUCGAAUGCCGAAUUACGAGACUCUCAGGCAAAUAAAGAGAUUGAUUUUUCAGAAGAAACUGAUCGCACAGGACCGACCUCAGAACCGAACAAGGUGCGUGGUAUGGAAAAUACCCCACAAUCGGUCCCAACUGAGUCCCAGAGUCCGUCUCAUCAACAAUCCAAACGUGCCUCGAUAGACGAAUCAACACACCCGCUGACUUCAGCUGCCGAACGCGAUUCGCCUAUGUCUACCGCUUCCAUCAAACCGGAAAGUAUGGACUAUAGUGAUCGGACUGAGUGCAGCUCUGUCAGUCCUCAAGCGCCCACAAACAAGGAGACGAACGUACUGCGACAAAUCGAAACGUUUGUUGAGAAUAAUUUGCCUCGAACUCCAAAAGGCCUAAGUGUCAAAGUUGAUCAAGGUUCAUCGAGUUCAUCGCAUAAAUCGGCCUCUUCUCCACUAGCAACCAUGUCCUCAGAUGUCAGUUCCCGUUACUCUUAUGGUCCCGUUGGGUGCCCCAUGAAUUCAACCAGUGACAGUGCCAAAUCUUCUCCGUCGAGUCACAGAAAAAGAACACACUCUGAAGCAAGUCUAUCUGCACAUGGUUCACCAGUCCCCAGUCCAGCCAGUGAUCAAGAAAAACGUUCCAAACCAAUUUUGACCAACGAGACCGCGGGUAAAAUCGUAAUCGGGGUGAGUUCAGCUAGCGGCACUGCUUCAACUGCAACAAUGCCUCUCACACCUACCUCACCUGGAGUUACAAGUACAACGAGUGAGUUCGCUAGCCCGCUACGUGAAAAUCCACUUUCAUCGUUACAAAAGUUGGUAGAAACCACACACAAACCGGUGCCUCCUUCAGCUGCUUUCUCCACUCCGACAGGAGUCACCGCAUCGAGUUGUUUCUCUCUCACUUCGUGUGUUCCUAAUUCGUUGUUUGUUUCUUGUAACGGGUCUGGUUUGAAGAAUGCGACACAUUCAACAUCAAACAAUCCUACUCGCAUCAGUCAUACUGGUGGUGGGAAUAGCAGUGGACCCAGUUCAGGACCACGUUCACUCGGAUCACCAAUGGAUAUCUCUGGUGAUUCACCAUUCAUGACGACCAAUACCGGCGGUAGUCAUUCACCUGGUUCACAAUUUGCACCAAUCAUGCUACCGGCGACUGAGAAUGAAAACUUGAUUCCUGCUUUGUCUGCCCUAUACGCAUAUGUGGAGAAAUCUUCAUCGAAUACAUCAAGUAUUACCUCGUCCUCGGCCACAAUGCAAACUGGACAAAGUCAGCACCAGCACCAAAAUCAACAGCACCAUCACCAUCAACAACAGCAACAUAAUCAGCACUCACAAGACACAGGUAUCGGACAUAAGCCAGAUUAUCUGUCGCCGAACAAUGCAGAGGAAAAGUCUCCUUCUACCGAUCCAUCACAGUGCCAACAGUCGCAAGGUUCGUUUAAUUCUCCAUUGGAUAAGAUCACAUCGAGUCCAGCCUUGCAAGCUAUAUAUGCGGCUGCCAUGUCCAGUUUAGCAGCUCAGUAUCUCACUGCCCAACAAGGUUCAGUUCGACCCACAGCCAACUUGGAUCCCCUGGAAGCAUUCAAGCAAGCUGCGACAAACUUCCAGGCCAUGCUGGGUGAACCAAAAUCCGAUUCAGCUGAUCAAGCUUGGUUAAAGAUGCUCCAGUUAUUCACGGGCAAACCGUUCCAAACUGAUAACGAGUGUGCUGAGUCAGUUCGAAUGAGUGGGACCCCGGAUGAAGAGAUGGGAUCGAUAGAAACAGAGAAACGAACGAAUCAAAGCAUAGACUGUGCGGAAGUCAAUCGGACUCAAACGCGUACGCCAAUACAAACGCAGAAUACAAACGUAAAUAGCGCUGCCACUUCCACUCCAUUCACUACUACUACUACCACAGUAACAACAGGUGGUGACGGUAAUAACAAUCAAAAUAAUGUCGGGACGGGUCGCAGACUGACGGGUGAUGGCAGAGCGGUUGACGAUCGUGGAUGUGUGCGCACGCCAGAUAGCACUAAGGGAGCGGAUAGUAUCAGCACCGUCCACAGCUCCCCGUCUCCUUCCAAACUAAGUUCUUCUAUUGAUGCAUGUUCUUAUGCGAAUUUGAAUCACAUGAACGCAAGAUCCAUCUAUACCAACAGUCCAAACUCAUAUCAUCCACAACUACCCAACGUACUUUCCGGUCGGUAUCCGUCUAUGCAAACUCGUCCAAUACAGAAUACGACACAAUCGCCGGCCCUGAUGACGACUAUGAUUACCAAAAAAGCUAAAUGUCAUUUCUGCGGUAAACCGUUCGCUAACAAGGGUCAAGUUCGUUUGCAUAUAAGUAAGAACAAGUGUCCUUGUCUUCUUCAGCAGUCGUGUCAUGUGGCCGCCUUGGCAGCCGCUUUUGGAUCAGACAGUCGCCCAUUAACCAAUGCCAACCCAGCUCCUUCCAAAUCGUUUCUGAAAGACCCAAUGAUGGGCGCGAAAACAAGAAGCUCCGCAGAGGAUUUCCUAGCCUCAUUAUCUUAUCCCACAACCGGUGCCAACCCGAUCCCCGGUGAUUCCAGUGAUUCGGCUCCAUCUGCACUUAGCUUACUUAAAGAGCGAUUCCAGAAUUUUGAUCUCAGUCAUAGCCCACUUCGAUCGUCAGGUGGUGUCAGCGGUUCCGGAAAUGAAUCAAAAACGAGCUGUUCUUCUUAUACAGGUGCCACCAAAUCAUCGGAAAGUGAUUCCCUAUUCGCCGCAGCUGCUGCUGCUGCCUCUUAUGCAUCCUCCACGUUUGGACAAGCACUGCAGUCCCAACCUCUAAUGGUUCCGGUUAAUGAUGGAUCAACGGCGCCUCCUGUGUCUUGGCCGUUUGGAGCACCGCCCAAUCUACCGCUCUCAGCGCCAUCUUUUACCGCGGCUCCUGGAGCGUUAACGUCAUCAGCCGGAGGAGGGAAUCCGGUUACUGCAGCUGCAGCAAAUGCCAGUCACUUGGCUGCUAUGGCGUUACUGGCACAAACUCUAGUCCAGUUAACUUCCUCACAGACUGCACAAUCUUCUCCGUUUCGAGGCGGUGGUGGCCCACUACCUACGGUUUCAGGCGGUUCAGAUUCAUUCUCUGAUCCUUCUGCGAUAACCGCAGCUGCAGUGGCUGCUGCAGCUGCAGCCCAAGCCCCCAAUCGUUCAUUGUCCACACCGACCUCCUCAAGUGCGACGGGCUCACAAAACCCGAUUAGUUCGAUACCACUGUCUCCAUUCAUGAAUUCGGCAGCAGCUUUAAAUCUGGACCUUCUUAUGAAUCAGACCGCAUUAAUGAAACAGCUUGCCUCCAUGACCAGUUGGUCAGAUCCAAACGCUACCAGGCACCGAUCGGAAGAUGAAUCCAAUGCAAUGUCAAAUCCUUUCCUGGCAUUAUCAAACUGUCGAAAUCCAGCGCCCAAUGGCCUCCCGUGA